AUGGAGUUUAUAGCGACCAUUUUUGGGACAGUGUUCAAUGGUAUGGUAGAACCUGUUAAACGACAACUAGGUUACCUUUGCAACUACAGAAGCAAUGGUCAGGAGCUACGAAGCCAUGUAAAGGAACUCCAAGAUCAAAGGGCGAGUGUGAUAGUUCGAGUUCGAGGUGCUGAAAGAAAUGGUGAGAACAUUCACGAUGUUGUCACCAAUUGGUUGACGAAGACAAGUGAGAAGAUUGCAGAAAUUGAGGAGUUUCAAAGCGAUGAAGGCCACCAGAAGACGGGGUGCUCCUAUGGUUCAUUUCCUAACUUGAAGAUAAGGCAUAAGCUUGGCAGACAAGCAAGGAAGAUGAUCCCACACUGUGUUGAUCUGCUGCAGCAAUCAAACUUUGCUGCUUUUUCUUAUCGUCCAGAGCUCGAAGCAUCGGAUGUUGCUCUUUAUGAUGAUGGUUAUGAGCCAUUUAAAUCAAGAGAUGCCAUUGCAGUACAGGUUAUGAAAGCGCUAGGUGAUCCCACAAUUAAAAUGAUUGGUAUCUAUGGUCAAGGAGGUGUUGGCAAAACCACUUUAGUUAAAGCAGUUGCAAGGAAGGUGAAAGCAGAAAAGCUAUUCAAUGUUGUGGUUAUGGCAAAUAUUACGAGCACUCCUGAUGUUAGAAAGAUUCAAGGAGAGAUAGCAGAUAUGCUAGGCUUGAGAUUGGAUGACGAGAGUGAGAUUGGAAGAGCGGGUCGUUUGAGACAGAGAUUCAAGAAGGAGAAGGAGAACACCUUAGUCAUCUUGGAUGAUCUUUGGGCUAGACUUGACCUGAGUCUACUGGGAAUUCAGUUGAAGGAUGAUGACAUGAGUCAGAAAACAAUCGCAAAUAUGUCUAACAUUGGUCAUGACCAGUUGAAAGACGACAAGAUGGCAAGUGAUUCCAAAAAGUUCAAGAUUUUGUUGACUUCUCGACACAAAGAGGUAUUGUCAACUGAAAUGGAAGUAAAGGAUUCAAUUUUUAAAGUGAAUGUCAUGGAGGAAGAAGAAUCAGAGAUGCUGUUCAACAAGGUGGCUGGAAUAACUAAUGAUGAUUCUGAGUUGAAAUCAAUAUCAUCUAAAAUUGUUCUUAAAUGUGCAAAUUUGCCAUUGGCAAUAGAAGCAGCUGGAAAAGCUUUAAAGAAUAAUAAGAACAAAGUUGCUUGGCAAAAUGCGCUGCAACAAUUGGAGAAGCAAGAAAUGAUUGAAGUAUUAGAACCUGUGGAGUUUUCUACGAUGUUAAGUUAUGAUCGCUUACAAAGUGAAGAGCUGAAGUCUAUUUUCUUGCUUUGUGCUCGCUUGGGUAAGGAUCCAUCAAUUAUGUAUUUGGUGAAAUAUUGCAUUGGUUUAAGGAUAUUUCAAGAAGUCAACACGAUGAAAGAAGUUCGAGGUAGAACAAAUGAAUCUAUCAAGAAGUUAAAAGACUCAAGCUUGUUGCUGGAUACUAAUUCUCCUGAUUGUGUUGCUAUGCAUGAUAUGAUCCGUGAUGCCGCCUUAUCAAUAGCUUACAAGCAUAAUGGUGUUUUUACCCGAAGAUAUGCUGAGCUUGAUGAAUGGCCUGAUAGAGAAACAUUUGAAAAGUAUACUGUUAUCUCCUUGCACUACUGCGACAUCAUUGAUGGGAUUCCAGAAGGUAUAAAUUGCCCUCAGCUCAAAGUCUUCCAUCUUGAUAGUAAGGAUCCUUCCAUGAAAAUACCAGACAAGCUUUUUGAAGGAAUGAAAGAAUUAAGAGUGUUAAUAUUGACUGGUAUUGAUCUAUCAGGCUUCCCUUCUUCAAUUAAAUGCCUAAUAAAGCUUAGAAUGCUUUGUUUGGAGAAAUGUGUGCUAGGUGACAACAUAUCAAUCAUUGGUGAGUUGAAGAAGUUAAGAAUUCUAAGCCUUUUGGGAUCUAAAUUUGAAUUAUUGCCUAGUGAAUUAAGGCAGCUAGGGAUGCUGCAAUUGUUGGACAUCAGUUCUUGUACUAAACUUAAAGUGAUUCCAUCUAAUGUCAUGUCAAAGUUGAAUAGGUUGGAAGAGUUGUAUAUGGGAAAAACCUCGAUCCCAUGGGGUGUUGAAAGAAAAACAAAUCACAAUGAAAUUGCUAGCCUUGCUGAAUUGGAAUCUCUUCAACAAUUGAGAAAUCUUGAUAUACACAUAGAAGAUAUUACAACUUUGCCUAGUAGCUUGGACUUUGACAAGUUGGAUAGCUAUAAAAUUAUGAUUGGGGACUCUAAGAUGCUUUUGUUGGAAGAUUUUCAGAUGCCUUAUCAAUACAAGGCUUCAAGAGUCUUGGCAUUGGAUCUAAAAAAGGAUAUUGAUAUUCAUUCGCAAAGGUGGGUUAAAAUAUUGUUGAAAAAUGUUGAACAGUUGCUUUUAGGGGAAGUAGAUGGUCUUCAGAAUCUUACCUAUGAGUUAGAUGUUGAAGGAUUUCAAAGUCUUAAGCAUUUAACCAUUGAAAAAAAUUGUGACAUCAAGAAUAUAAUCUACUCAACAAAGUGGGAAUAUCAGGUGAAGGCUUUUCCCUGGUUGGAGUCAAUGUGUUUGUACAAAUUGGAGAGCCUAGAGAAAAUUUGCAAUUGUCAACUCAGAGAUGUCUCUUUUCAAAGUCUAAAAACCAUGAGGAUCAACAUUUGUGGCAGACUAAAAUAUCUCUUCUCAUUGGACAUGACUAGACUUCUCGUAAAGCUUGAAACACUUGAAGUUUCUGAAUGUGAUUCUUUGGAGUAUCUUGUUUUUGCGGAAAGACAAGAUAAUAUUGGUACUGAUUCAGAAGAUGAUAGAAUUUCAUUACCCCAAUUACGCUAUUUGACAUUGCAAUCUUCAUCAAAUUUAACAUGGUUCUAUGCAAAUGACAAGAUGGAGAGUGCCACAGAUUGUAUUCCAUUAUUUAAUGCAGAGGUAUCAGUUCCCAACCUAGAGAGCUUGGAGUUAUCCUUAAUCAAUAUUAAGAAGGUGUGGGGUGACCAACCAUUGCCAAGUUCCUCCUUUCAACAUUUGACCAAAUUAAAUGUGAAUGAAUGUGGUAAUUUAAAAUAUUUAUUUUCAUUAUCAAUGGUUGGGAAUUUAAUGAAAUUGAAAAGCCUUUUUGUAAGAGGAUGCGAUAUGAUGAAGGAUAUCUUUGACCCAACAGAUAUUAGUGCAAGUCAGGAUGUUGACAUCUUUCCACAAUUAAAGAAAAUUGAAAUCAACAACAUGGAGGAAUUGAAAACCAUAUGGCAUGCCCGAGCUAGCAUAAAUUCUUUUUGCAGUUUGGAAUCUAUGAUAAUUAGAGACUGCCACAAACUUGUCACUAUUGUCCCUCCUUACAUGGUAGAAAGAUGUCAUAAUCUUGGCAUAUUGGAGGUUACUAAUUGUAAGUCAGUGGAAGAGAUAUUCAACUUCUGCCAGCCUUUACCACAAGUAAGUGGUGAGAAUGAAACAAGCUUGCGAGUUGUUAACUUACAAAGGCUGCCAAAAUUGAAGCAUGUGUGGAACAAGGAUCCUCAAGGACUUUUGAACUUUCAAAUUCUGCGAGACGUUUUUGUCUGUGACUGCCCAAGCCUAGAAAAUCUGUUUCCAUUUUCUAUUGGCAAUGAUCUUACGAAACUGGAGAAGCUUGUGAUCGUGCGUUGUGAUGGCAUGAAGGAAAUUGUAGCUAAAGGUGACGUAUCAGAUAUAAGCAACUUAGUGUUUGAGUAUCCUAAGCUAAACACACUUGUAUUACUCGAUCUACCGGAGCUGAGGUGUUUCUAUCAGGGAACACAUGCUAUAGAGCUUCCAGCAUUGACCUCUUUAUUAUUUGGUUUUUGUUACAAGCUGGAAGCAUUUGGUACUGAAACAACUCAUUCCCAAGUGAAACCAAUUCUCUCAUCUUUAGCAAAGGUGAUAUCCAACUUGGAGGAACUAGGAAUACAUGGGAUGAAGGAAAGGAAAUGGUUGCAGGACACCAUUGGCGAUAAUGUUUAUCUAAUGCACAACACAAAACUGCUAGACUUUGAUGGAUUGAGCAGCAUUGAAAUUCUCCUUUGGUUUCUCCACAUAUUUCCUAAUCUAGAAAGCUUAAAUUUGUCCAAUUCUGUUCUCAAAGAGGUUUUGCCUAUUGAAAGUCAUGUUUUCCUCGAGAAAACUGGAACUGUCGUACAGCUUAAAAACAUGAGUUUACGGUGGUCAGGUAUUCCAUUGAAUAUAGGCUUUGAAAAUGGUGCCAUUCUUCAACGAGUUGAGAAGCUAUGCAUUAUUGAUUUUUACUCUUCGACAAACUUAAUUCCUUCUUCCGUAGGAUUAACUCACUUGUCAUAUCUUGAAGUCAGGAAUUGCAACAGAUUAAGGAAUUUAUUGACAUCAUCAACUGCAAAAACCUUAGUUCAACUGACUAUAAUGAAGGUUUCUGACUGUGCAAUGAUGGAGGAAAUUGUUACCAUGGAGGAGAAUGAAGAAGAGAAAGAAGAUGAGAUUGUUUUUGGCAAAUUGAAAAGUUUAGAACUUAUGUCUCUAAGAAACCUCGCAAGUUUUUGUAAUUCCCAAAGUAAACUUGUCUUCAGGUUUCUGUCACUUCAAGAGGUGAAAGUAAGCGACUGCCUUAAGCUGAAAAAAUUCUCUGAGAACAUUAUAAGCACACCAAAAUUAGAAAAAGUUGAUAUUGUAGCAGGGGAAGAGGGAGAUAAAUGGUACUGGGAAGGUGAUUUGAAUUCAACAAUCCAAAAAAUUUUCACGGACAAGGUUCUUUUUGAGUUCUGUCAGAAUAUAGAACUUUCUUGUUAUCCUGAGCUACAACAACUGUGGCGGGAAGAAAUUUCCCCGCCAACCAACUGCUUUAACAAUCUAAGAACAUUGAUAGUGAAGAAUUGUUCAUUUCUGUCAGAAGUGUUUCCUUCUAGGUUACUUCCUUACUUUAAGAAAUUGGAGGAAUUGCAAGUAAGCUCGAGUCCAGUGAAGGUUAUUUUUGAUAUUGAUGGCAACAAUUUGACAGAAAUAAAGGGAAAGCCCUUUUAUUUGAAAAGAGUUACUUUAGAUGGAUUGCAGAAUUUGAAGUGUAUCUGGAGCAAAGAUCCUCAUAGUAUUAUGAGUUUUCCAAAUCUGAAAGAAAUUAUUGUUUCUAAUUGUGCGGGUAUAAAAAAUCUUUUUCCAGCAUCUUUGGCAAGAAAUCUGGUGAGACUCAAGAAACUUGAAAUAAGGCAAUGUCAUGCUUUGGAAGAAAUUGUCGGAAAGGAAGAAGCCGUGGCAGAGGGAGCUAGCAGAAAAUUUGAAUUCCACUAUUUAACCACUUUGACUAUGUACCAUUUACCAAGCCUCAAGUUCUUUUAUCCUGGAAGAUACACUCUGGAAUUUUCCAUCUUGAAAUAUUCUCAUCUGAUUUUCGAAGUCACCAGGGAGCAAUAA